AUGGUUUACUUAGACUUCUCCAAAACCUUUAAUUCAGUUUCUCAUCGAAACCUUUUUUUGAAACUCGAACAACAUGGCAUCUCUGGUUCAUUGUUGAACUGGUUAUCCGACUAUUUGAGCGAAGGACGUCAACAAGUAGUGGUCGACGGAAUGUCAUCGUCCUUUCUCAAUGUAACAUCAGGGGUGCCACAAG